AUGAAGCGCAUGUUUAGCGGCCUGCAGAGGCGCGUCAGCAUGCGCGUUUGCUAUCUAGCAUUUCCCUCCUCGUCGCAAGACAACAGCAACAACCCCUCGCCAGCCAGCUCUGGAAACGAGUCGCCUGAAGAGACUGUUAUUCGCGAGAUUAAAGCCUUUUGCGAAGCCGACGGAGGACCCAACCGCGUGGCCAAUGACUACCUCCAUCUCCCCGCCAUCGUCGAGGCCGCCGAGUCCAGCGCCACCGCUGCCAAAGAAGCCGCCGCGCGAAUACGCAAAUACCUAUCAACCCCCUCCAAACCGCAGGGAUCGGCCCAGUACAAUGCCGUUAUGCUGAUCCGCAUCCUGGCCGAGAACCCCGGACACACGUUUACACGCAACAUUGAUGCCAAGUUUGUGUCGACUGUCAGGGACCUGCUGCGCGAGGGCCGCGAUAUGUCGGCUCAGCAUAUGCUGCGCGAGACGCUGGAUCAGUUCGAGGCGCAGAACUCAUGGGACGAGGAUCUGGCGGGGCUUCUUGCCAUGUGGAAGAAGGAAAAGGCACGCGCCGUAAAGCAUGGCGGUGGACAGGGACAGUCGCGAUCCUCGCCGGGGCACCGACAUCAACAACCGCCGUAUAACCGCCAUUCGACUCGCCCGAGACUGCUCCCACCGCCGGAUGAGCUGGCCGCUCGCGUGUCUGAAGCCCGGACGUCUGCGAAUCUGCUCAUCCAGCUGUGUCAGAGCACGCCAGCGGCCGAAGUCAAGGACAACGAGCUGAUGAAAGAAUUCUCGGAACGUUGCUCCGGAGCAGCGAGGUCUAUCCAGGAGUACAUGGCUGUGGAGAGCCCGCCGCCGGACGAAGACACCAUGCUCACGCUGAUUGAAACAAACGAACACCUCUCUGUGGCUGUAUCCAAGUACCAGCGGGCAGUGCUGAACGGAAGAAGAGCUGUCGGCGCCACGACGAAUAACAGCAACGGCGGCGCCAACAACAAUAACAACAAUGUCAAUCGCAAUGGCAACGACAAUGGAACUGCCACCAGAAAUGUCAGCACAACCGCCAACACAAAUGGCCAGAGUGCGCCUCCUCGACCUGUUGCACCUGCUGAACCACCGAGACAAGCCUCUUCGCCACCAUUUCUCGAAGAGAUUCCAUCUCUCGCACCUUUGAGCUCGGCCGAAGAACCCCAUCUCUCACACUCUGCUUUCCCAGGACCCUCUCCUGCGAAGUCCUCAACUCCUCCUCCUCCUGCUGCUGCUUCCCAAGCCGCGCAACGGCGGUUUGAAUACGACGCAGACGAGUUUCAGGUUGAGAACCCAUUUGCAGACAGUGCUGCGGAUAAUGACCACCAUACUAUACCUUCAGACCAUGCACGACACGUCUAG